AUGUCAGCGAAUGAAUUCGCUAGCAAACGACUUGCUUUUUUGCAUGAUCUGCAUUCGGGCAAGGUCACCGGUGGCUACAAGACGGCGCUCGAGACGGUCAACUAUGUACGGCGUACUGUUGCGACGGCUAAAUGGAAUUCGGCUGAAGACCUGAUGAAACUUCUGCAGCGCGAGUGCCGGUACUUCACCCUGUGCUUACCGAAAUGCUACGUCGUCACGAACAUGAUCAAGAGAAUUCUGAGGCUGAUCCGCGACGAGCAUCUCAGGUUAGCAGGUGCAUCAGAGGAAAUCAUUAGGGACCCGUACGACUCUCUGCCAAGGCUGUGGGAGGAGGACACUAUUCAGGAGACGGCUACAUCCGUCAAGCACCUGCGAACGUCGUUGAUUGAGACCGUACAUGAGUUCGUCACCGAAAUCGAGACCUGCUCUGACAACAUUGCCAUCCAAGCGUUGGACCACAUCAACACAAAUGACACGGUGAUGACCAUUGGCUUUUCGACGACCGUCGAGCGUUUCCUUCUGUCUGCUGGGAAAACUCGUCGCUUCAACGUGUAUAUCGCCGAGUGCGCGCCGUCCUACUCGGGUCGAAACCUGAUGACUAUUCUUCGAACUUGCCCCAACAUUCAGGCUGAACUCAUCCCUGACGCAAAGAUUUUCUGCUGUAUGUCACAGACGGACAAGGUGAUCAUCGGCGCUAGCGAGGUACUCGCCAACGGAGGCAUUCGGGCGAUGUGCGGCACUUACACCAUGUGUUUGUGCGCUUCCCACUUCUGUGUACCCGUCAUCGUUUGCGCCUCGUUCUACAAGCUAACGCCUGUGUUCGUUUCCGGCGAUGAUCAGGAAGCGUUCAAUGAACUAAGGUCCCCCGCAGAAGUUGUAUCUUUCUCCUCCGAUGUUGUUACUAAAAUGGACAUUCGCAACCCGGCGUACGACUGCGUUUCUCCCGACCUCAUAACGUUACUGAUUACAAACGUAUCUGGAAAUGCACCGUCGUACAUAUAUCGUCUCAUCAAUGAACUUUACCACCCUGCGGAUUUGCUCCUGUAA